GUCCACAGCUCAGGACUCACAUCAGAGCGCCUCACCGUUGUGAGUCAACAAGGAGACCAAUGGCCAGGGCGCAGCCGGGUCACAUGGUCAGAGGCUGACACACCUGUGCAGCCGCGAGGCCUUGAGUGGCGCCAGACGUCGGAGAUCGCAGGUGGAGAAGAAGGUCCACUCCGAAGGAAGGGGAAGUGUGCGUGUUAGUGUCUGAGUGUGUGUGUGUGUGUGUGUGUGUGUGUGUGUUUGUGUGUGUGUGUGCGUGCGUGUUUGUGUGUAUGCGUGAGGGCUCGAGCGCACGCAACGCGCUGCAGGUGUCGGUCCCCCGCCAUGAAUCGAGAAGAGCCCUACUACAACUCCCAGGUGUUCAAGGACUCGUGCGUGUACCAGAGAUCCCCCACGGAGGACUUCUGCCACAGCCCGCCACCAUGUCUGUACAUGAGCCGACAGGUGCACUCGGUAUACUCAGCCCCGGUCCUCGGGGGCAUGGAGGCGGCCAGCUUGCCCGACAUCGGGCCCUACAUGCCCCUGCGAGAAGACCCGUGCGGACACCAGCUUCACCACCCGCAGCAGUCGGUCCCGCCACCCGCCGGGGGCUACGGAGAGGCUGGAGACGUGGCCCUAUGUGCCGACCGGAACCGACAUCACCUGCCGUUCCCCUGGAUGAAGACCACCAAGUCCCACACGCACACAUGGAAAGGCCAGUGGACAGGCUCCUACAUGACGGCGGAGUCGGAGGAGAACAAGCGCACGAGAACGGCCUACACGCGCGCUCAGCUGCUUGAGCUCGAGAAAGAGUUCCUGUUCAACCGCUACAUCUCGCGGCCGCGGCGCGUGGAGCUCGCGCUGACCCUCAGCCUCACCGAGCGCCACAUCAAGAUCUGGUUCCAGAACCGGCGCAUGAAGUGGAAGAAGGAGGAGGACCGCCGCAGGACGCGCGGGAGCGAGCCGGACCAGGACUCCUCCGUCACCUCGGGGGGCCUUGGGGGGGAGGCCAGCCCGGCGCGCGGCGGGGCGGCGGUCCCAUCCACGAGCCUCGGGAGCGCCUCCACCGGCAGCCCGCCCUUAUCUCCCGUACUGAGCGGCUCCCUCGAGUGCUCCCGGGAGCCCGCUUAGGCACCGACCGAACCGACGACCCGCAACACGGCGCUUAUGCAGACUGACUGAUAGACGAGACGCUGAGGUCUGGGUCUCAUCUCAUUAAGGAUCCGGUGAUUUCCCCAAGGCCGUGGAAGGAACGCAUCCUGGGACAUGUUGUAUGAUCUGUUGGGGUUUACAUCGGAACCUUCUCCCAUGUGUGAGACAUGAGGCCCGUGGCGGUGGGUUUAGAGUGGACCUCCUGACGGGACUGAAGACCCGCCACACGUCAUCUUAGGCUGCUCCAGACACUCACUGACUGGAAUGUCGACCUAAUGAAAAUAACAUGCUGGGAAUUUAAAUAUAUAUUGGCUGGUUUUAAAUAAAGAAUAAUCAAUAUAA